ACCUUUAAAAAUGCAGCCCGGAUUCCGCCGCUGCAAUGGUGUAUAUACUCUUACCGGUAUUAUUUAUUCCCAUUAAAUCUAGUUUAUGUGUAUGCUGAAUCUCUCCUAGCGCAUAAUAGAGCGCAAAGCACAGUAUUGUACUUGUACUGUACUGUACAGUACGCCCCCCCUUGAGGACUCAACAAGAGAUGCUAUCUAUCCUAACGUGUAGUGUACCCUCAUAAAAAAGCAGGAUCCGACCAUCUAAUUACGGAUAUAAUCUGGUGACUUAUUAUUCCCAUACUCGAGUACUAACACCUAUCAUAGCUCGCUCCUACUCGAGUAGAGCCUUCACCGGCUGGGUGGAAAAGGGAAGGGAGCUAUGCCCCACUGGACUAAUACUCGUACCGUACGAGUACUUGAUAGAAUCACCCACUUGCCCGUCAAUCUACCCACCCAUCCAUCCGUCCGUCCAAUCUGGGAUGCCCAAGCGUAUGGUAGAUUCCAGGUAUCAUACCCAGCCCCGAGGCUUCCCGGCAUCACGCCAAGCCACCAAUGAUGGCUAUAAUAGUUUGGCACGAUACAGUAGGUAACUUAACAUUCCAGGAUUUUGCCGGGUCAAAGUUAAAAACUUGGGGAGCAACUUUCCAUCCAUCGAUCCAUCCACCCGUGCGUGACGUUGGGGGAAAAAUAAAAAUAAAUAAAAAUAAAAAUAGAUACUCAUCUUAGUGCACACACCUAACCCUGAAUCUUUCUUCGCUUGCACGCUGACCAUCCGAAUACGGCGUGAUACCGGUAAAUUACUUGAGUAUCAUAGAUGGCCUUAAUGAGAUGAAUCUAUUGUUUUCCCCAUCUUCCAGUUGAGCCGCAUACGUCACACUCGCAUCAUCAUUGACGUCAGGUAUCAUACAGUAUUUUUCCGAGAAAAAACGCUUCUGUGCGUUAACUUAAGUUACCCAGUGAUGAUGAUGGGUCAUGAUGAUGUACUGUACGAAUACCGUAUGAUUACUUGAGUAGACUAUGGUUACGCGUGUAGUCCAUGUACAUACCGAUAAACUUGAUAAGUUACUGGCGGCGUACUGUACUCGUAUAGACAGAUAGAUAGACAGCAGGUUUCGUGUAUCAAGAUACUGCACUAGUACACGAUAUCGGCAUAGCACAGUACCUGUAGGUAGAGUAUGAUACAAGGCCUACGGUAACUUACGUAUGAUACCUUACUUGUACCAUACGGGUAAAAGAUUCGCAUCUCGUAUCAUAUGUCGCAAGGGGAAGAAGAAGAAGAGGAAGAAGGGUAACUUUACCGUAUAUAAAUCCCGGCCUGGACGCGACUUGCCGUAGCUUUCUCAAUCUUAGUAUUAUCAUAUCCUAACACUUUUCCCCCAUUCUCUGUCGAAUAUCGACUACUGUCAUAGUAUUAUACAGCCACCACCCACCCAGGUCCAGAAAUACUAACCCUAUCCACCAACUUGAGCUACUUUUUUUUACCUCUACUCGAGUAUCAUACCUCUCUCCACCUCCACUCUACAAGCAGAAAACUUAGUCUACCUACCUUCUCUACUACUCGCACCUUACUAGAGAGAGAAAAAAGAAAAAAAUGGGCGGCCUAGUUUCCUGCGUACCCCUCCCGCCUCCUAUGAUGCUACUCCAAUAGCUAACAGCCAACAGAUCAGGUCUGUCUUUCGCGCGAUCGGGAAUACCUGCAUGGCCAUCGUGAAUGGUAUCGCUGGUAUCUUGAAAGCUAUCAUUAACGGCGUUGCAAAGUAGGUUAUCCCCCUCCUCUUCCGAAGAAGGGAAAAGAAAAAAGACGGAAAAGAACAGAAAAGUGUAUGCUGAUGGGUUGGGUCUGUAGUGUUUUUGACAUUAUCAUUUCCUGCUUGACUUGCCGGCGUACUGGAGGGGCCGGGAGGAGGAGGUGGGUUAGGAGUCGCAGGACUCAUGUCGCGUAGCCCCGCGGGCAGCCCGAACUGAGAUGGGAGCGAAUCAUGGGUGGGAUGUGAUGCAUGAUUCUUUUCCUUUCGCAGUGCUUUCUUUUAUUGUUACUGUUGCCGUUUUCAUGCUUCUGGAGUUGGGGUUGUCCAUUGGUUGAUGUUGAUACCUUGUGCUUCUUUCUCCACCUCUCUCCCUGAAUGGACUCGGCUUUUCACCAUGUUAU